GGUUUAAUUAACUAUUCCUUUUAUCAACUUAAGCUAACAGGAGGAAACUAGGAAGAGCUGUAGUAGUAGAUGUCUACUGAUACAAGGUCUGGUAAAACUGUCCCUGAGAGAAAGUCCUGGUACAUACUACACAAAGGAGGUGGGCUACCUACAGAUAAACCUCGAGAAAAGAAGGAUAAAUUUGAGAGAGAACUAGAAGUAGCUUUGGAGAGACACUAUGACCUGAUUGUUAUUGAGCCACGUUACUUAGGAGAUGAGGUCAUUCGUUGGAUUAAAACUGGUAACUUUCUACACAAGUCAUCAGUACUGUCUUGCCUCUCAUCAUUUCUGUUCAUUCCACUUUUGCCAAAAGCUUAUAAUAUGUACUUCAUUGUACCAGUUGGUUUGUAUGGAGUAGGAUCUGCUCUUGUCUAUAACCUCUCGUGGCAGUUUGAUCCGUGUUGUAAGUACCAGGUGGAUUGGUACGGUCAGGAAUUAAUGAAUGUACCAAGUGGAGAGCUAACGACUACUACUCCAGUUGUACUAGUAAAGAGAAAUGACAUAUACAGGAAAGUAUUACACAGCCUCCUUGCAGCAACUGUAGGAGCUUAUAUUGCCUGGAGACUUUACAAGGACUUUAAAAUAAUAUACUAAUUAAUAUUCUUUACACCAUGCAAUUAGGACACAUUUAUUUCAUUAAUAAUAA